GGCUCGACAGCGGGCACCGCGUCAUCUGGCAAGGCAGUGGGCACCGAGUCACCAGGCACGACAGUGGGCUCUGAGUCAAUUGGCACGACAGCGGGCACCAGGUCAUCAGGUACCAGAUCGUCUGGCUCGACAGCAGGCACCGGGUCAUCUGGCAUUGGAUCAUCUGGCUCGACAGCGGGCAUCGGGUCACCAGGCAUGACAGCAGGCACUGGGUCAUCAGGUACCGGAUCGUCUGGAUCGACAGCGGGCACCGGGUCAUCUGGUGCUGGAUCGUCUGGCUUGACAGCGGGCAUCGGGUCACCAGGCAUGAUAGCGGGCACUGGGUCAUCAGGCAUUGGAUUGUCUGGCUCGACAGCGGGCAUCGGGUCACCAGGCGUUGGAUCGUCUGGCUCGACAGCGGGCAUCGGGUCACCAGGCAUGACAACGGGCACCGAGGCAUCAGGCAUGAUAGGAUCAUCAGGCUGGAUCAGUUCAUCAGGCUGGGUACAGACAUCAGGCUGGGUAGAGACAUCAGGUUGAAGUGCGGGUGCCGAGGCACCAGGCUGAACCACGGAAGGCAGGUUCUCAGAUGGCAGGCUCACCGGUUUGGAUACAGGCAGGAUGGUAUUGGUUGGAAAG